GUCAGCGCGUGGUCGCAAUCAACGCGGCGGCAUGAAUUCUGGUAUGACCACUUUGGGUGGUAAAAAUGUCAAGGCCCGGGAUCCUCGUCGUGGUAUGGGCAAGAAGUUUGGAUCACGUGGUGUGCCACCUAAGAUACGUGAGUCGUCGGUUGCUGUACGCUCAGAUUGGACAUCGAUUGAGGAAAUGGACUUCCCACGGUUAAUGAAGUUAUCUUUGCCUAAUAUCAAAGAGGGUGAGGAUAUAAUCACCUGUGGUACACUCGAGUACUAUGACAAAACCUACGAUCGUAUCAAUGUUAAAAAUGAAAAGCCGUUGCAGAAAAUCGACCGCAUCGUUCACACUGUCACCACCACCGACGAUCCUGUAAUCCGUCGUUUAUCCAAAACUGUGGGUAAUGUGUUUGCUACUGACGCCAUUUUGGCGACCAUCAUGUGUUCAACACGUUCAAAUUACUCGUGGGAUAUUGUAAUUGAAAAGUUUGGUGAUAAAAUUUUCAUGGAUAAACGCGACAAUACUGAAUUCGAUUUGCUGACGGUUAAUGAGACAUCAGUGGAGCCACCAACUGACGAUGAUAGCUCACCCAAUUCACCACGUAAUUUGGCAAUUGAAGCUACAUUCAUAAACCAUAAUUUCAGCCAGCAAGUAUUGAAAACCGGCGAAAAGGAACCCAAGUAUAAGUUUCAGGAGGCAAAUCCAUUUAUUACUGAAGAUGAAGAUGUGGAAGUUGCAAGUGUUGGUUAUCGCUAUAAGAAAUGGAAUUUGGGUAGCGAUAUUGUUUUAGUGGCUCGUUGUGAACACGACGGUGUGCUGCAGUCACCAAAUGGUGAACCACAAUUUUUAUCGAUUAAGGCGCUAAAUGAAUGGGAUUCGAAGUUAGCGAAUGGUGUUGAAUGGCGUCAGAAAUUAGAUACCCAACGGGGUGCUGUAUUGGCGAACGAGUUGCGCAAUAAUGCCUGCAAACUGGCCAAAUGGACUGUACAAGCUGCGCUUGCCGGCUCCGAUCAGUUGAAACUAGGCUAUGUUUCACGAAGCAAUCCACGCGAUCCCUCUAAACAUGUUAUACUUGGAACACAGCAAUUCAAACCACAUGAGUUCGCAACCCAAAUUAAUUUAAGUAUGGAUAACGCUUGGGGAGUGCUGCGUUGCAUCAUCGAUAUCGUGAUGAAACAAAAGGAUGGCAAAUAUCUGAUUAUGAAGGAUCCCAACAAGCCAAUGAUUCGCUUGUACGAUAUUCCUGACAAUACGUUCGAUAGCGAUGAUUCCGAUGACGGUGAGGGAGAUGAUGGUGAAGCUUUUCAACCAGUUUAUACAUACGGCAACAAUAAAAGGAUUUAAAUUUAAAGCACAACAAAAGUAAAUUAAGUGUAUGUGUAUGUAGUGGAUGUGUGCGAUUCAAUUGUUAGUUCUUUGAUAAGAGAAAAGCCAGCAUCUAGAUUGCAACACACGCAUUUUUUAUAUAAAAUUAUAAUAUUCAAACUAUCUUGUUAACCGUAGUUAUUUAUAACAGCUAAAAACAACUCGUACAUAACCAUUUUGGAUAACUCAAAUAGCACAGAUUCGAAAAACAACAAAAGUAUAUUAAUCAACUAUUAUACCCAUGCCGCAGAAAAUAAGAGAUAAUCGCCUAUUUUUAGUACUAUUAGAUAUUUGGAAUAAAACAAAUGAACAACGCAGAAGAUAGGCGUCGAAAAAA